AUGGCAUACAAGAUCGCCUCGAUCCCGGCUGACGGGAUCGGGCCCGAAGUGAUCUCGGCGGGGAUACGGGUGCUGGAGACGCUUUCACAGGCGUUUUCGUCGCGGUUCACAUUUGACUUCACGCACUUUGACUGGUCCAGCGACACAUAUCUAAAGACUGGGCGGUACGUGCCCGAGGGCGGCCUCGACGAGCUGCGCAAGUUCGACGCCAUCCUAUUCGGCGCGGUCGGCGACCGCAGGGUCCCCGACCACAUCUCCCUAUGGGGCCUGAGGCUCGCGAUAUGUCAGCCGUUGCAGCAGUACGCCAACGUGCGGCCGACUCGGAUCUUGCGCGGCGUGACAUCCCCCUUGGCGUCGUGUCAGGGGAGUCUUGAGAAUGCGAAGAAGCUGGACUGGGUUAUUAUCCGUGAAAACAGCGAAGGUGAAUAUGCCGGCCACGGGGGCCGCUCACACGUCCACCAGAAGUGGGAGGUCGGGACCGAAGUGAGCGUGUUCACACGGCACGGCUGCGAGCGCCUGCUGCGGUUCGCGUACGAGACGGCUCGGUCGAGGCCGCGUAAGAAGCUGACGUUUGUGACAAAGUCCAACGCCCAGCGCAACGGGAUGGUGCUGUGGGACGAAGUCAACGAGGCCGUGGGCCGGGACUACCCGGACGUGAGCGUGGACAAGAUGCUGGUGGACGCGAUGACUUGCCGGAUGGCGCUGCAGCCCGAGACGCUCGACACGGUGGUGGCGACCAACCUGCACGCCGACAUCCUCUCGGACUUGGCGGCGGCGCUGGCCGGCUCGAUUGGCAUCGCGCCGACCAGCAACCUGGACCCAACCCGCCAGAACCCCAGCAUGUUCGAGCCGAUCCACGGGUCGGCGUGGGACAUUGCAGGCAUGGGGGUGGCGAACCCCGUGGGCACCUUCUGGACCUGUGCCGAGAUGGUGCGCUGGCUGGGCCAGGGCGAGGCGGCUGAUCUGUUGAUGGCUGCGGUCGAGGCCGUGCUGGCGACGGGCGUGAAGACCAGGGAUUUGGGUGGGCAGGCCGGCACGGACGAGGUGACGGACAAGGUAUGCGAGGAGAUUUUGAGACUGGGCAGGGAGAGGGGGUUCUUUGUCGCUGGCAAAGAAUAG